CGCGCGCCAGGCGGAAGUGAGGUUGGAGGCUCGGUGGCUGCGCAGCGUCGGUGGGUCGCGCGGGCUGCGGGGAGGCGGGCCGGGCGGACCGGAGCCACUGGAAGCGCGGGCCGGGGAGGCGGCGGCGGCGACGGGGGACUUUGAGGCUCAGCUCCCGCAUCGGAGCAGCCCUCCGCGGCGCUCGCCCCUCGCCGAGCCCCACCGCCGAGCCCACCCCGGGCCGGCGUGCGCUGGUCACCGAGGCCCAGGCCCGCCGCCGUCGCGGCGUGUUCUUGAAAUCAUGAAUCCUGUUUAUAGCCCUGGUUCUUCUGGGGUUCCCUAUGCAAAUGCCAAAGGAAUUGGUUAUCCAGGUGGUGAUAUCCCAUUGUUGUGUUUUUCUCCAGCUGGUUUCCCCAUGGGCUAUGCAGCCGCAGCUCCUGCCUACUCCCCCAACAUGUACCCUGGAGCGAAUCCUACUUUCCAGACAGGUUACACUCCUGGCACACCUUACAAAGUGUCCUGUUCCCCCACCAGCGGGGCAGUGCCACCAUACUCCUCCUCCCCCAACCCCUACCAGACCGCUGUGUACCCUGUGCGAAGUGCCUACCCCCAGCAGAGCCCCUACGCGCAGCAAGGCACGUACUACACACAGCCCCUGUAUGCAGCACCCCCUCACGUCAUCCACCACACCACAGUGGUGCAGCCCAAUGGCAUGCCAGCGACGGUGUACCCUGCUCCCAUUCCUCCACCUAGAGGCAACGGCGUCACCAUGGGCAUGGUGGCUGGGACCACUAUGGCCAUGUCAGCAGGUACCCUGCUGACCGCCCACUCCCCAACUCCUGUUGCCCCCCACCCAGUCACUGUGCCCACGUAUCGGGCCCCAGGAACACCCACCUACAGCUACGUGCCCCCUCAGUGGUGAUCACCCUGCAAAUGUUUGAGGAUGGAGCUGUGCAGUCACAUCAUGGAGGUUCCACAGCUGGUGCUGCAGGCCUCGCGCCUCCAACCCGGACUUUCUUCUUAAUGCUCUCUACACUUAGCUAAACACUACUAUGGCCCGGCCCAGCAGGUCCCAGCGCCAUUAGUCUCCAACUAACUCUGUGGGUUGGUCUUAAAGCAAAUCCUGUUUUGUGGGCUGCCUGGCAAUUUUUUAGCUAACUGUAAUGAUAAAAAGGGAGUAUUAAUCUAUUCUGAAUCAUAUCUAGUUGAAUGCAUGUUUAAAAAAAACAAACACAAAAACAAAGCUUGCUCAAUCUACCUGCGGUGACUGAUGCAAAACCAUCAUAUGCAAAACCCAAAGGAAUGGAAAAGCAUUUUAUAACUUGUAUCACUAAUGCACUGUUGUAAUGUAUGCAGAGUCUUAAAGUUAUAAGUGUUAAAGUGAAUUUCUUCAUAGAGUAUCUGAAAUCCCUUAGAUGAUGAUUCUUCAGCCUUUGGGGUUGAGGUGGGUUGCCGAUUGGUAACGUGGACUUGGAGUUUUCAGCCAACUGUUUCUUUCACACUGACUGCAUGGCGCAGGGAGAGAGUUGCGGGGACAGGGAGAGUGUAGGGAGGGCCACCAUUGCCUGGGAUGCAGCCAGCUUACUGGGCAUCCCUUUCUUGCUGUUUCGUCUCACGGGGCAUUGUAGUGUGCAUGUUCUUAAAGAUCAUGAAAGUGUAGAGUUGUGUGGCCAGUAUAGUUAGGGGCAAGAGGUGGUUUAUGUAUCAGCAAAGCAAUUUCUCUGCCAUCUAAGUUUUCAUUAUAAGCUUCUUACAGAUAGAGAUGAGGUUUUCUGUAUCUUUACUGGAGAAGUCCUUUGUAGAACUAAAUUAUUUUCCUGGGAUGGAAGAUAUGUGAAGGAGAAACAGCCACACUUGGAGGAGGUAUUGGCUUCUUUAUUUAGCUUAGAAAACCAUUCCUUCCCCCCCCCCAAGAAAUGUUUCAGUCCACUGAAAACAUAUGUAGGCAUUGCUGUUCUCACCCCCCCCAAAAGAAGGGCAAAGAUUUCAGCUGUCUGUUAUGAAGAAAGUUGUAUAUUUAAGAACUAUUAAAAGGGAACAAAACUGUAUUUGAAGUUUUUUCUUGUAGAGAGGCAGGGCUGUGGCUGUGUUUGGGCCCAUCCACCUCAUCGGGGCUUGUCAUCUGAGACCAUUUGGAGGCUGCUCCUGGAGAUGGGUCUGUGGAGGUGUGAGGGAGGGGCUGGUGUCUCUUGUCUGUGAGCCUUGUCUGCCAUGUCUUGUGCUGAGGGCUCUUAGCACAAAGCAGGUAUGGACAGCAAAGGGCCAGGCAGCAUCAGAAUGCAUUUGCCUGCUAGGGUUUAUUCAGAAAGAAUUUUGUGUUUAAAGUCUGAAUAUUGUACAUAAGAAAUGAAGAGGAGUUUUUUACCUAAAUGUGCCCAACUUGUAUCGAUGUGAGUGUGUCUGUUCAGAGAGGGGUGGGAGGGUGAGGGUUUUGUUCCCUUUCAGCAGUCUGUCAGGUGGGGGAGGGGUAUGCUCCUGUUCACCCCAUCACUGUUUCAAGUGUUGUGGGCUUUGGUUGGGGAGGGGACCCUUCCCCUACAUCUCUGGCAGCUAGGUUGGGGCUCUGGCACUGGUUUGGCAUUCGGCCCCAUUUGGUAAGUGGGACACCUGACCCCUGAGCCUUUGGUUACCUUAUUUUUUAUAGUAAGUACCCCAUAAUUUUCUUUUUCACAUUUUAUUUUAUAAGAAGUUCAGGAAUAUUUUUGCAUGGAUCAUUGUAAAUAGAAGGUUCCUUAUUCCUAAUGUCUAUUAACAUAGUGUGCUUACUGAUAGUACUUUAAAUUGCUUCAUUAGCACUUAACCCAUGUGUGUGUUUGGCAGUGUGUGUGUGUGUGUGUGUGUGUGUGAGAGAGAGAGAGAGAGAGAGAGAGAGAGAGAGAACGCACCAUUUACUCCAGGCACAUGGUUUGUGUCCACUUCUUCAACUCUGUUGGUAAUUCCAUCUGUAUAGUAGAUGGUUUGUAAUAAAUAUCUGACAGGUUCUAAGGGUUCCAGGGCUGAACUGACCAAAUAAAAGAAAGUCAAUUUCCCCAGUUUAUUGUUACAGACUAGGAGAAAAUACGAUUUUAAUGUAUCUUUAGAAAAGCCCUAAACAUCAAAAUGGGCACGCGCAUGUGCACGCGCACACACACACACACACACAAACUACAUGUGAGGGGUGGAGUCUUUUGAAUUGAGCAGAAAGAUAGUUAUAUAGGAUGCUUCAUUGGGCUUGCUUGAGACGUGGCACACACAGGGUGAGCAUUUUCACAAGCACUGAAUGAAAUGGUGUUUUUGAGAACAAGAAGGGCAGGUUGCAUUUUGCCCCCAUUUAUAUCAGCUUCAUAAACACUUUCCCCCUUAUCAUUUUUUAAAUCUUUUUUCCCUUUUGUGAAGGUGAGUUGGGAGACUCUAUCAGAUACUUUAGCAUAAUGGAAUACAUCUCUGGAAAUCUUUUCAAUUUUGAACCUAUCGGCAUCAGCUGUCAAAUAUGGUAAUGAAAAGUAGAUCUCGUCUAGCAGGUAAGAAUCUGGACAUAUGAAUAGUAGCAAAACUAUCAUAGGUUGUAAUUUUAACAGCAUUUAAUUCCAGUAAAAUUAAUUAAGGAAUAGACUUCUGUUUCAUAAUUUGAUAUCCCAGGCAUAAUAGUGGAACAUUCAGAGAAACUUUGCUUUUCUUUUUGUAUGUGACAUUCCUGAGAGUCUUUCAGCUGAAUUAUGGUUCUUUUAGAAGUGGAGAUAGGCAAGCCAAGGACCUAAUUCCUCUAAACAUGAACGUCAUCAUGGGUAUUAAAAAAAAUUGUUCUACAGUAGGCCUCCCUGCUAAGAUUUAGGAGGUCUAUUUUUCUGCUUAUGGAGAUUUUGUUUGGAUUUGGGCCAGGUGACUUGAGUGUUUAGUGAUGAGCGUUGGUCUCAUCAGCUUGCUGACUCUGUGAAGUAAGGCCAGCAUCAGGGCCAGGGCCAUUCAUGGUGAUAGGCACGGAGGCAAGGCGCUUCCAGAAUCUUUUGUCUCAUGUUAAAUAUUUUUGGAGCAUUCUUGUUGGUAUGGUUAUUAGCCCUACCACUGGCUAUUCUGUGAAUCUGUUUCUUGAGUGCUAUGCAAAUGUAGUAUUUACAGGAGAUGAGGGAGGCUUUGAGCCUUGGGCUGGGCACCUGGUUGGUGAGCAUCUUGCCCUUUCCACGCUGGGCAUACAGUGCCUUCCUCCAUCUAGUGGCACCAUCACUUCUAUAAUGAGAGGAAAUACAUUCUUUGGAUAUGCUGAUAUCUGGCCAUGGGUUUCUGUGAGUGUGUCUGCCAUUUGGUGGUGAAAAGGUGGCACACACCAACCACAUCAAUAUUGGGGCCUACUUCAAAAAGGAAACCCAGACUUCACCCGUUCUUGUAAACUGUUGGAAACAGUAUUUCUCUGACCUGUUGGGCCACCUUCUCCCUAUCUGGCAGCUAAUGGCUGGAUGCCCCAGUCAUUGCCAACCUGAGUAUUUCCCAGACAGGACAGGAUGCCUGUCUGACCCCUCAGCAGGCUCACGGGCAGUUUUAAGGGUGAGUGGCUUGAGGGUGUGGGGCAGCUUCUGGUUCUUCUCUCUGGUGCUUUCUAAGGGUGGGUGGGGGUCUAUACAGAGGAGUGUGGUUAGCUUGGGGGAAGGGCGUACUGCUUAGCUCUUCUCUGUAGCACAUCUCAGAUGUUUGUGUGUGUUUUUCCCUGAGCUGUUUGUUACUCAGCCUGAGCUUUCUGAAGGCACAUCAGACUUUUUUGAAUAGACUUGCAGAUGACCUGCUGCAGAGGAGGGUCUGAUCUUUUUGGGUAGAAAGUCACAAAGUUGAUACUAUGUGUUCCAGAUGAUUUGUCAUCCUCCCUCACCUCUCCCCCACCACCUCGCAGCCCCCCAUUCAUUUGAAGAACAGAAAACCGUAGGGGUAACCUUAUUUGGAUCCCCAGGACUAAAGUUUACUUACUUGGGACAGGGAGACAGAGGAGAGGCAGUUGUCUGUUCAGGAAGCCCGCAGAGGGCUUCAGGAAACCUGCACUCCCAGGGCUGGUGUGUUGGAGAUGACAGGUGUCUCGUUUGGGCCUCCUAAGUCUUGUCAGUCUCCCAUGGGUCCUCGUUCACACUAGUGGUCAGUAAAAUAGUUGGGCUCUGCUGCACUCCGGUCAGGGUUGCUGAGAUGGCUGUGAUCACAGGUUGCUGUGAUGGAGGAGAGGCCCCAAGGAGCCACAUGGGUUGUGACUGACUAAGAAAUGGUUCCUUUUUUUUUUUUUUUUGGUAAUGAUUUUUAAAAUACUGUUUUUUUUUUUUUUUAAGACUGUUCUCUUGGUACUUUUUUAAAGCUUAAGUCAGCAUUGUCUUCCAGUGUUAAAGGCAUCCCUCACCUCUGCAUUGAACUUACAGUGUCAAUCAAUACAAAGGAAUGGAACAUCCAUCCUGAGCCAGUUCCAUUAUGUGGAAAUUCAUACUAUUUUAAUUUUUUAUGCAAUCUGAUGAGUAGAUGAGCUCAGAUUUAAAAUUCUUAAAAGCACGUUUAUUGUAACAAGAAUUGUUAUGUAUUAAUACUGCAGUUUUCAAUAAAGAUUGACUUGUGUUGCA